UUUGGUUUCCUCGAAAGCGUGGAAAGCGCAUGGAAGAGGAUGAAGUCCUAAUAAACUUUGUGAAAAGCAAUGAAUGCCUAUACAACAUAAAAGCGCAAAGUUACGUUACGUCCAUUUAGCUUUACAUAAAAGCGGUACCGCUAUAGCGUUAAGAAUGGCGUUCGGUAUGAUACGGUCGUAAUAUUACGGCAUCGCUUUUCGAGGAAACCAAAGCUUAAGCAUUGGAAGCACUGUCCGAUCAAGACAGCUGCAAUAAACAAAGAAACACACACAUAAAGCGAAAUAAUAACAUUAAAAAUUGAAAAUGUCCUGCAAUUUUCGUCGAAAAUUAAAGGAAAACGUCGGGAUAAAGUUUUUCGGGAAAAGCACAGUUCACCACGCAAUUGGAACUAAUAUAAAUACCGGUCCGCAAGAAACAAAAACGCGAAUUUGAGGGAAAAUGGGUGCACGCCAUACGGAGAUACAGACAGCGGCGGUGCAGGAAGAGCGGCUCAGCGUGUGCGACAGCGAGGGUGCCAGUACCAGCACCGAACUAUUCGAGCCCAACAACAGUGACAGUGAGUGCGAGAGAAGCAGCCCGGAGACACGGUGUCUGAAGAUUUCAGCAGCUAUGGCGAGGACGAGGUGGCAGUGGUUAGCCCGGACACCUAUCACCAUAUCGUCGGAGAGCGAGGCAGAGGAUGAAGAGUGUCCACAACGGCGGGGCGAGCUAGUGGUAAACCAAGAAGACAGUGAGAUUAGUGGCCAAGGGUUUACAGAUUAUACGCGGCGCACCGAAAUGCGGAUGUGCAUUUUUAACAACGAUGUGGCGACGGCAGAGGAACCUCGGCAGCCACCCACGAAGCUCCGCAUUUGCGACGGCGCAGAAAAUGAACGCACGCCUGGUGACCGCAGCGACGUGCUAAGCUUAAGGGCCAGUGACAGCAUGGUGGAGGUCGAAGGCGUCAACGAGUAUCCGGGGAUAGUGGAGGAAAUAGAGCGCUGGCUGCAAGGCGCAACAACUACAUCGCCGGGUGCAUGGGAGAAUCGAUCCGGAGUUGACCCUUUGCCAGCGGCCCUAGUCGACGAUAUCGAGGCGCAUUUGCAGCAGCCACAGCAGAGACGAGGUCGGCGGUCUUUUCGGCGCGACAUCGAGGGCAACAGCUACAGGAUCGGUCUUGCGUCGUCUACAAAGGUGUACCGAGCGUUCAUUUACCUGUUGCACAUAUCUAUGGCAGCGCCAUUACCACUUGAUGAUGUAUCUGAUUACAUUCCGAUUGAAAACAAUUUACCGUCUUUCAUAUAUCAAGAACACCUAAACAGCAUGGUGCGUAAAUUAAACCACUCCCGUAACAACGCAAUGAUUUUGGCAUCAGAACUGAAAAGCGUGAAUGUUUUAGCACCAGGAGUAAAAGUAACGGCCUACAAACAUAGACAAGAUCCGUUUAUGCCAUAUUUCAAGUUAUCGGAAGAUGGCACUCAGGCUUAUUGCAUUGAUGUUGCAGGUGUGCUUAAUGGGCCGGACAUCAGAAGAUUAAUGAAGGAUCAAGGCUUCUUGGAAAUUCUUGAUGGCACAGCAGCCGUUGCAUGGGAUGCAGUUCGGGCUUUAAUUAAACACGUUCUUUGUAAAAAUCGUUCACCAGAAUAUGCCCUUUUUAUUGCGAACUUAAUGGAAUCUUUUGACGCCUUUGAUGUGCACAUGUCGCUUAAAANGCAUGGGAUGCAGUUCGGGCUUUAA